ACCAACAGGUUGAAAGCCCUGGUGAUUCAAGACAACGUCAUAUGGAGUUCACCUUUGAUUACUGUUACUGGUCAGUGGAUUCUGACUCUGCUAAUUUUGCACCUCAGGAACUGGUGUAUCAGGAUCUUGGCACUUCAGUUCUAUCAGGAGCUAUUGAGGGCUACAAUGUCUGUUUGUUUGCUUAUGGACAGACUGGCUCAGGAAAAACGUACACUAUGAUGGGGACACCAACAUCAAUUGGACUGACACCAAGGAUAUGCAAGGGUCUUUUUUCAAGAAUUGACGACUACCAGGAGAAGCCAGCACCAUGCAGCAUAGAAAUUAGCUUUCUAGAAAUUUAUAAUGAGCGUGUCCGUGAUCUUCUGAAACGCUGUGAAGGAAACAAGCCCUACACCCUUCGUGUGCGUGAACACCCAGAGAAAGGUCCCUACGUGCAAGGAUUAUCUCAGCACUUGGUUUCAGACUACAAGCAACUUGUGCAACUUUUGGAGGAAGGGAUUGCAAAUAGAAUCACUGCUGCUACCCACAUCCAUGAUGCCAGCAGUCGAUCACAUGCCAUCUUUACCAUCCACUACACCCAGGCAAUACUGGAGAAUAAUCUCCCAUCAGAGAUAGUAAGCAAAAUCAACCUUGUUGACUUGGCAGGGAGUGAAAGAGCAGAUCCAAAUUACUCCAAGGACAGGAUCACAGAAGGAUCAAACAUUAACAAAUCACUGGUCACUUUGGGAAUAGUCAUCUCCACUUUAGCACAAAAUUCCCAGAUAUCCAGUAGCUAUCAGAGUAUAAAUACUGUAAUGAGUGAAGGAGACAGUGGGAGCCAUUCCAGUGCAUCUUCAGGGAGCAGCAGGCGCCAGUAUUAUGUUCCUUACCGAGAUUCUGUCCUCACCUGGCUUCUCAAGGACAGCCUUGGAGGGAAUUCUAAAACAAUCAUGAUUGCAACAAUCUCACCUGCAAGCACCAGUUACACCGAAACUAUCAGCACUUUACGAUAUGCAGCACAUGCAAAGAAUAUCGUCAACAAACCACAUGUGAAUGAGGAUGCUAAUGUAAAACUGAUUCGUGAACUACGAGAGGAGAUUGACAGAUUAAAAUCAAUGCUGAUGAGUUUUGGAUUGAGAAACUUGAGACCCCUAAGUGAUGAAAAUGAUGAGAAAGAUGGAAGCCUCACAGAAAUACUACUCCAAAAUGAACUGAAGGUGGAUCAGCUUACCAAAGACUGGACAGACAGCUGGAAAGACACAAAAGCAAUCAUGGAGGAAUAUUAUGUGGACAUAAACAGAAGGAAAACAGGAAUCAUUGUUGCCUCCCAUUUACCUCAUUUAAUAGCAGUGGAUGAGGAUAUAUUAAGUACAGGUGUUUGUCUUUAUCAUCUCAGGGAAGGAAUAACAAAGAUUGGGAGAAUUGAUGCUGAAGUGGAGCAAGACAUUGUUCUGCAGGGUCCAUGGGUGGAGAAGGAACACUGUAUCAUUCGCAAUGAUAAUGGUGUAGUGACACUUGAACCAAUUGGAGGAUCACAGUGCAUCGUCAAUGAGCUGGAUGUUGCCCAUGCAUGUCAUUUGUCACAAGGUGCUGUCAUAGUUUUGGGAAAAGUGCAUAAGUUCAGGUUUAAUCACCCAACUGAAGCUGCAAAGUUGAGGCAAAGGAGAACUAGUAGCAGUAUAUCUUUGGCGAGCAGUGGUUCUUGCGAAUGGCUGGAUUUGGAUGGAGAAUUCAACUUUUCCCCUCCUUAUGUUUUAUCUCCACUCAUGCAAGCAAGCUUGGAACAAGAGAAAGAGGAAGGAAUCGAGAUAAAUGAAAGCAGGAGGCAGCUGAAAGAGCUGCAGCAAUGCUACCAGAGCAAGCAGCAGGAGAGCAAGGAUUAUAAGCAGAAGCUGAGGGGAAUGGAAGUGUUCUACCAACAACAAAUACACCAGCAGCAAAGCUACAUUGAGGAACUGAGGCAACACAUCCAAGCAACGCACUUGCAGGCAGAACAAGAGCUUAAACACGACCAGGAGCAACUCAGGCUGCGAAUUGAGGAAAAUGAGCAACAUCUAGCAAAUGAAGAAAAGCGCUUAGUUUGCCUGGAACAGCAGCGACAGGAGCUGGGAAUACAGACGGACUGUGCAUCGUUUACUGAUUGUGGGGUUCAGAUCUCCUCACAAGUGGAAGAGAUUCCUUUUAUUGAGCAGAACAGAAAACGAUUGGUGCAACUGGAACUGCUGCAGAGACACACGUUGAGGAAAGUUGAACAAAAUAUCCACAAGAAAAGAAUCAGGUAUCAGCUGGAGAACAUUGCUGAGAAGCACAAGCUUUUAGAAGCAAAGGCAAACUUGCAACACCUGGAGAGUGCAAGUUUAAUCACCAGGAAGCAAUGCAGGCGACCAAUAGAGGGCAAAGCGAGCACCUUACAAACUGAUGUGAAUCUUAAACUGGCAAAAUGGAAAAAAUUAUUCCCUGCAAGCUACUUGCCCUUGAGAAGACAUUCAUUAUCUGUUCCCAUUCUCACUAGGAGUCAUUCGGACUCAAGUGACCUGGUAUCAAACCUGUACCCACAGCAUGUACCAGUUUACAGUGAUUUCCUAAAGAGAAAGAACUUGUCUACCUCAGCUCAGAUGAACAAGACCCACCGCACAACACAGAAGUCUCUCUCAGUGGGAUCUUUGUCCAAGAUGGCAUUCCCUGUAACAAGAACACAAUCGUUAAGAGGAAGAAGUGAAGAAGUUUCACCUUCUUGGGAUCAAUUACAAAAGAAACACAAAGGUGUAAAGCACAGGAAUAUCAUAACUUUAAAGCAAUCAACUGAAAAUAAUGAAGAGCAGCCAAAAAUACUUGAACUAAGCAGUGUACAGCCAGAGGUCCAAACCAGUAACAUCUCUAAGACUAGGGUACAAAAAUCAGGUUUGAUGGCAUGCUCAUUAGAUAACCAAAGUAUCACAGAUAAGCAAAUUGAGUUAACAGAUGAGGAUGUGAAGAAGGAUCUUUCGUGGAACUGUACAUUUGUGAGUACCAGUACCAAUAUCUGUAAAAGGACAUCACCCAAACAAUUGGCCAGAACUAGAAAUUUUUGUAGAGUGAACCAGAGCGAGCAUCUCAACAAGGAGUCUUCAAUGGUCAACCUAGCUCAUCUUUGGGAAAAUGGGCCUUGUACUUACAAGUCAAGGAAGUGGAACAGUGAUGAAAUACUGAAUGCCGGUAUUACAGCAGUUCCUGAUGAUUCUCUAGGGGGCUGGUUGGAAGAGGAGCAAUUGUCAGAUACUGAUAGCUUGUAUUCUGUGGACUCUCUGUCAUCUGCAUAUGCAGAUACUAUAACAGAGCAGUUGCAGAAAGAUGAACCUGAGGAACAACAGUCCAAACAACAUGAGAAUUGUAGUGAAAGUGAUGAUAGUGAAAUAUCCCAGGAUUCACUGGCAGAAAAGGAUACUGACUCAGCUGAUAGAUUCCAUGACAUUCACUGUGCAAGGGCUCACUUACCUCACAAUAAGACAACAAACAGAAGGAAAAGUAUCUCUCUUGAUAACCUAGCUGAACUGAAUGAAAUGAGUGUUCUUUGCAGAAUGGAUUCACCUGGGUUAACAGCUUCUGAUGAAAUGCCAGCAGAAGUGUACUGGAAUGUACCUUGGAGUGAAGCUGAUGGAAAGAAAACCUACCAGAAUUCAAAAGAGCUAAUUGAAGAAAAGGAGUGUGUCAGGGCUCUGACAUUAAAAGAACAGUGUUUUAAUGUGGUUGGUAACACAGAAUUGAAGGACAUCAACUGUGAAAAGAAUAUACUUUCAAAAAAUUUGAAGACUAAUAAAAAUUACAUUGAUUUCCCAAUCUUUACAGAUGCUCAGUCAUUUUUUGAGUCUAGUUCCAAGAGCAAAAUGGAGAGAGUUUCAUCUGAUAAUACUUCAGUUGUAGCAAUCUCAUCAGGGGACACUGAUUGUUAUGAAAAUGUAGGGACUGAACUAAUGAAAGCAGCAGAAGCAAGUUGGAUCAGCUCCGUGUUUAAUUUUGAUCAGUUACAGCCUCGUGUAAUGCAUAAUUUUAAUCAGAAAUGA